CGCAUGAACAUAAACUCGAGCAAGAGAUUAAGGAGCAUGGUACACCAUUUUAGGCACAGUGCACACUUUAAUGGUUUAUGUAUCAAAACGGAUAAGAUACCUAAGUCUCUUAUACUUUGUACAGAAAUAUUUCUUCGAGAAAACUUAUUUACUAUUGACGAUAAUACUGGAAUAGGAGUUACUCACCAUGUUUACUAACAAUUUAAAAGUCCAAAUCUAUGACACACGUUGUUACAAAUAUUCACCAAACAAUUGAUUGUGCCUGCGAGCAUUUUCUCCGCUAGGUAUUUAAACCGGAGUACACAUCAUAGGUACUAUACAGUCAACGAGCACUGCUGCAAUCAUACAACAGAAGAUGAUGUUCCCCAUUCUGUUCCUAUUCACGGUCGCCGUAGACUUGGCGGUCUCCAUCCAACAGGCCACUAUAACGGCUGUUCCUCCAAAUGGACUUCAGUUUGAAAUACCAGAUGAAGGGUUCUCGCUGGUAGCUCUUCACUUCAGCAUCAACAAACCGGUGAUCAACACACAAGCUGGGGAUGUGAAUGUGGAUAUCACAACUCCAACCAAUGGCGUUUUCGUGUACACGACUAGUAGAUUUACCGUGAAUACCGGGGACGUCGUCAACUACUGGGUUUACGGUAUCAAGAAUAAACAAGGGGAGCAGAAACUGAAUCUUUCCUACACCAUACCAGGCUCAGGGAACGGAAAUGGAACAGGUUCAGGAACUGGAACUGGAACAGGAACCGGAACGGGAACAGGAACGGGAACAGGAACCGGAACGGGAACCGGAACGGGAACAGGAACCGGAACGGGAACAGGAACCGGAACGGGAACAGGAACCGGAACGGGAACAGGAACAGGAACCGGAACCGGAACCGGAACCGGAACGGGAACAGGAACCGGAACAGGAACAGGAACAGGAACCGGAUCUGGAACUGGAACUGGAACAGGAACAGGAACCGGAACUGGAACUGGAACUGGAACUGGAACUGGAACUGGAACUGGAACCGGAACUGGAACCGGAACUGGAACCGGAACUGGAACCGGAAGUGUUACCUGCACCACUACAAAUCCCUGUCUGGUGUUUGACGACAACUUUGACUUUUUAGACCACGAGAUGUGGGAACAUGAGGUUACAGCAGGAGGGGGCGGGAAUUGGGAAUUUCAGUACUACCAUAACAACAGGUCAAACAGCUAUGUCAAUAAUGGAGUCCUCUACAUCAAACCGACACUGACCUCAGAUCGUUUUGGAGAACGGUUCCUGACGUCUGGGACCCUUGACCUUUGGGGUUCCUGUACUAAUAACGCGUGGUAUGGAUGUAGCCGUUCUGGAUCGUCCAACAACAUCAUCAACCCAAUACAGUCAGCCAGGCUCCGCAGCUCAAGGGGCUUCAACUUCAAAUACGGGAAGGUCGAGGUUAGGGCCAAGAUGCCCAUCGGGGAUUGGCUAUGGCCUGCAAUAUGGAUGCUGCCAACAAGAAAUGCGUAUGGCACCUGGCCUGCUUCCGGUGAAAUUGAUAUUGUGGAGAGUCGAGGUAAUCGUGACUACCGGAGCUCUGGGGGUGUAAGUAAAGGCGUAGACAGCUUCGGUAGUACACUCCACUACGGUCCAAACUACGCCUACAACCGCUUUUAUACGACACAUGUUUCAAAGACGAUCAACAGUGGAACUCUAGGGGAUGAUUUUCAUACAUACGGACUGGAAUGGACAGCUGACCACAUCAAAUUCUUCUUUGACGGUAUGGAAACGUUAGACGUGUCUCCUUCAGCCAAUGGGGGAUUCUGGAAAUAUGGUAACCUUGACCGGACGGGUAUCGAGAAUCCGUGGAGGGCCGAUAGUAAAAUGGCGCCAUUUGAUCAGAAGUUCCACCUGAUCAUGAACGUAGCCGUAGGAGGAGUAACCGGCUUCUUUACUGACGGGUACACCAACUCUCCUCACCCCAAACCGUGGAAGGAUUCGUCCUCACGUGCCUCGCUAGACUUCUGGAACGCCAAAAAUAACUGGUACCCCACUUGGAACCCCUAUCAGCGUAACGGAGAGGACGCAGCCAUGAAAGUGGACUAUGUUAAAGUGUGGCAAUUGGACGGCACCGUGUAGCGUCCGUGUAGCGUCCGUUUAGCGUUCAUGUAGCGUCCGUGUAGCGUCCGUGUAGCGUCUGUUCAUUAUACAUAGGACUGUCAAAAAUGACAUUGAUACCGAUAUUGUGUUCAUAUUCCUUUAAGCCCUUUGUAUCCCGUAUUAUAUUAAGCAUAUUAAGUACAAAUACAUUUCAAACAUGUUUUCUACACGGACAAUAUUCCUUCACGUGAAAUUUCACGUGAAUUUCACGUGAAAAGGGCAAAAAUGUGAAAUUCACAUGAAAAAAAAUUCACGUGUAAAUUCACGUGAAGGAAUAUUGCCUGUGUAUAUAAGAUGACACUUGGCCUCGAAAUACGGAAGUAAAGAUCCUGCUUGAUAAGCAAACAUAAGGUGAUACAAAAUUAACAUUCUCAGGUUUUAUAAAAGUCACAUGUAUCAAGUCACAUGUGUGAUUUAUAUGUGUCUAUUGUGUACACUGAAUAUAUAUGUACGCGUUCAUAGAUACAAAAGUACUUGGCUGUCUGCAAUAAUAUUUCUUAAUAUGUUUCUGUGUCAGACGUAAUGAAAUGAAUAUUGAAUUUCAUUUUCAGUUGUAUAUGAGUUACAGGUACCCACUCUGUUUUGUCUAGUAGCAUUAGGUUGUAUAUGUUUUAAUCAUUUACUAUAUUAAGUUAUAUGAAAGAUAUAUUUUAUUAACUGUUUUGAUAGACUUCAUUGAAUAACAUUGUUAACAAAAAAAUACGUAUCGGCUACAUUUUAGGAUCCAGUCCCCUUACGGUGUAAUUCUUUAUGUAAUUUUUAGUAUGUACCCAUAAUUAGGGACGUUUCUGUGGUGUAGUCACGUUGUGAACAAAUCGUGAAAAAUUAAAAUGACUAAUAUCAAUUAAAACUAUUUAUAAAUGAAGUGAAGAUUAUUUUGUUUUAAGACGAUAUUGAUUUUGCCUGUUCAUUUGUUAACUUUAUUUAACAUGUCGUGUGGUGGGUAAAUGUAAUCAUACAUUGUGUAUGGCGAGGACACGGAUUUAUAUCAGUACUCAGUGUUUGUUGUAGAAUCUUUUAUUUAAAUUAGUGUGUUAAAUGUACCGCUGUUACGACUUUACCUACAUAACAAUUAAAUUAUCUGAAAAACAAA